GUCUCAAUAUUUUAUUGUUAGUUGUUCUCUCAUUUCUUGCCAAAAACAGUGAAAAUUCAGAAAGUCUAGGACUUUUCAGGGUCACCUUCUUCAAUCAAAGAGAAGACCCUUCCCUUCCUACGCCCUUUAUUGUGCAUUUGUGCCUCCCCUGUUCAUGGAUCCCAAGAACCCCAAAAACCCACAUGAAAUCCCCAAUUUCUUGACCCAACAACAACAGCAGCAGCAGCAUCAACAGCAGAACAACAUGGGAGAGGACAAACCAGCAGAAGUCAAGGAUUUCCAGAUUGUGAUUGCGGACAAAGAAGAGAGCAAGAAGCAGUUGGCACCAAAGAGAACCUCAAAUAAAGACAGACACACAAAAGUCGAAGGUAGAGGAAGGAGGAUAAGGAUGCCAGCGCUUUGUGCUGCUAGGAUUUUUCAAUUGACGAGGGAAUUGGGUCAUAAAUCUGAUGGAGAAACUAUACAGUGGCUGCUACAGCAAGCUGAACCAUCGAUUAUUGCAGCAACAGGUACUGGGACAAUCCCAGCCUCUGCUUUAGCGGCUGCUGGUGGUUCUGUUUCACAGCAAGGGGCCUCUCUUUCAGCAGGACUUCACCAGCAAAAGCUUGAUGAAUUGGGUGGGUCCAGCAGUGUUAGGACAAGUUGGGGAUUGGUAAGUGCCAAUUUGGGAAGACCCCAUCAUGUGGGAACUCCUCCUGGGUUAUGGCCCCAAGUGGGUGCUGGUGGUGCGUUUGGAUUUGGGUCACCACCUACAACGUCUUCUUCUGGUCCAUCAACCGCAAAUAUAGGGAGUGAAAGUACAAAUUAUAUGCAAAAAAUUGGGUUCACUGGCUUUGACUUGCCAGGUGCUAAUAUGGGUCCUAUGAGUUUUAGCUCAAUUUUGGGUAGUAACCAGCAGUUGCCUGGGCUGGAGCUUGGGCUGUCGCAGGAUGGGCAUAUUGGGGUUCUGAACCCACAUGCUUUGAGCCAGAUUUAUCAGCAGAUGGAACAGGCUAGAAUGCACCAGCAACAGCAGCAACAUCAACAACACCAGCAGCAGCACCAGCAGCAACAAGGUUCAGCUAAGGAUGAUUCUCAAGAAUCAGGACAGUAGGCCUAAAGUAAUCCUUUGCAUUGUUUUGAGAAAAAGGCUGAUCCUUUCUUGUAAUGGAUUUCUGUAUUGUAUAAUUGGAAGAAGAAAAAAAAACUGAGAAAAAAAGAGAUACAAGAGAAUUUUUAUAGGAAUUGGAUUUUGGUUUUGCCCCUUCAUUCUUCUCCACUUGCUGUCAUCAGCCAAACCUCCAUGUUCAGGUGGAAUUCCUUCACAGACAAAUAGCUUUGAGUUUGGGCUUAACUUCUUGUUUAAUUCAGAGGUUUUUACUGCCUUUGCCAUGUGGUGUUGCCAGCUCAUCUUAUCUGCUAUGAAUUUGGGUGAUUACUAUAUCGUCAGUUCAAGUUUCAGUCAUGUUUCUUUGUUGCAAGGCCCUGGAACCUUGCCAAACUGCAUGUAUCUGUCAACACUACUGUGUUCCGGAAAUUAUACCACCAUUAUGCUAACACGGAGAUUGAAAUAACGAUACUGGUACUGGUUCUUAAAGCAUGUAUUAUGAUGCUCUAACAUCCUGGAUGGAGUAUCAAGCAAAAGCAAGUUUUUUUCUGUAGGUUUGACUGCCUUCAAAUUACAAGGAAUAUGUGGAUGAUGUAUUUAGCUAUAAGUUUGACGUGGAUGGAAGUGAUAAGACGGGACAAGAACUCUUUAGAAUUGGUGGAGAGCGUUGCUCUAGAUAGUAGUGAAGGGGAAAAGAGAAUCCACUAUGUAGAUUCCAACUAUUUUUCUUUGUGGAUUCUUAUAACUGAUGCCAGAUCGAUAAGGAUAAUGCCAUGAUGAUGACGAUGAUGAUGUGGAUUGUGUCUUUUGACUUCAAGAUCUGAGAAUGAAAUUGAAUUAUACUAAGGUGCGCUCGAAAUAUCCAAUGUUCCCUAGCUUUUCAUAAUA